UAUCACGCAUUUGGGACCUAAAAUACGAUGGGAGAUAAGGAGGACUCUGGUGGAGGUGAUACUUCAGUCCAAGGAGGCAGCUCAACCCAAGAUUCUGGCAUUGCAGCGCAAAGGGGAGCGCGUACAAGCCAGGGGUCACUGCUUAAGGAGGUGCUGAAGAACUUCACCAUUGAGAAGUUCUUUGGAGAUGGCUAUGAUGAUUGGGCAUGGAAGAUGCAGCUCUACUUUCGACAAAUUGGCCUCUUGAAGCUCAUGAUUGGAACGGAGCCCAGGCCAAAGGAAAUGGCAGAGCGAGCGGACUGGGAUGAACGUUCAUCUGCUGGGUAUUAUCUACUGUCACAAAGCUUGGAGCUGAACCAGAGGCAUCACAUCAUGCAUCUGCUGCCGGAAACUGAUUGUGGGCCCAAGGCAUGGGCAGUGCUCAAGGACCUGCACGCUCCGACAUCGGUUGCCGCUUCUCUCAUGCUGGAUCGGGAGCUGUCCAUGCUGCGGUUGAGCGAGAAUGAACCUGUGCAGCCCGUACUGGACAAGAUGAGGGAACUCUACGCGAAAUUGGCGAUUGCUGGCAUCACGUACCCCGAGCAGACUAAGUGUCUCAAGAUGCUCAGCCUGCUGCCCGAGUCUUGGCUGCAAUUUAUAAGCGGACUCAGCUUGCCACAAAACCCAAGUCAAUGGACAUUGGAGUGGAUUCGCACCAAGAUUCUGGAAGAAGAUUUUCGUCGCUAUACACUCCGUGGAGGUGAUGACAGCACCAGCGGCUAUGCCAUGCAAGGGACAUGGAGAGAUCGAGGGCGUGGCAAUCGCGGUCGCUCUUACUACAACCAAGGUGGUCGCGGGACUUGGAACCAGCGGGGGCGUGGUGGCGCUGGUGCAAGAGGAAGAGGUGGUCACUCCAACAAUGACAACAGUGAACCACGCUUGAGGGGAGAGUGCUGGUAUUGCAAGGAAGAAGGGCAUCCAUGGUUUCGCUGCUCUACCAAGCCCGACUGGUGGACCCCUUGGAACCAAUCGCAAAAGGGGAAUGGAAGAAAGCAACCACAUGGAGGUGCCAACAUGGUAGCUGAUCCUGCUGAAGAAACCUCCAAGGAUGACAGAGGAAUGGGAAAUGAGGAGAGGAAUGCUGGACAGUUCUACCAUGUGUGUGACAAAGAUGACAGUGGCACAGCUGUUGCAAGGGCUGGAGAGGAAUUGCACCCGCUUGACAUGUGGGUCAUGGACUCUGGUGCUGCCUGGACAAUGACACCACGCAAGGACUUGCUGGAUGCUGUGCGAGCGCCUCCAAUCUCCGAAGUGCGCUCAGCAUCCGGACAUGCAGUGAAGGUCGCUGGAGUUGGUCGAGCUGCAUUCAGAGCACCUGAUGGUGGACUGGUUGUGCUGAAGGACGUGUUACUCGUACCGGGGCUGAAGGCCAAUCUGAUAUCGCUGCGCAAGCUAGGCCAGGCCGGAGUCAGCACCACCACCAAUGGAUCCAAAACAUUCAAGGGGCUGCGAGGAGAUCGUGUGCUAUGGGAUUUACACGAAAGCAGAGAUGUCUUGAGAUCCAUGUGGCAGAUCCCUGCGCUGAUAUGGGAAUCAACAAAGAAGGAGGUGGGAGCAGUAAAGGCGGGAUCUGGAGUCCAGGGGGAGUGCAAUGCAGUUAGUGCUGCAGGAGUGAUAGUUUCUGCAAGGUUGGGGGAGACUGAUUGGGAAACCGCACACAGGCGUCUAGGGCAUGUGGCCAUGCCAUUGCUGCAGCAACUGCAUAAGGAAGAAGCAGUAAAGGGGCUGAAGCUUUCUGGGCAACCAAAUGAUACCAAGUGCGAGACGUGUCUGCUGAGCAAGUUCACACGGUUCCCCUUUCACGGCGUAGCUGGGAAAAGCAAGGCAGCACUGGAACUGGUGCACAUGGACCUGGUAGGACCUUUUCCAGUUCAAGGAAAGAAGGGGGAAAGAUACUUCCUAACAAUAGUUGAUGACUGGAGUCGGCUGAUGUGGGUAUACCCGUUGAAGCAGAAGGAUCAUGCUGCCUCAACAAUACGAGAUGACUGGCUCCCGUUCGUCGAGCGACAAUCUGGGCACCCAUGCAAGAGCAUCAGAACCGACCGAGUCAAAUGGCGUUGCUGAGAGGGCUAAUAGGACCAUCC